UCCAACCUUAUAAGGAACACUUCGAUAAUGAUCAGCCAUAUAUGGAAUAAUAUACAUACCUGCUUCACAUCGCGCAAAGUGUGCGCACAUAGACGAUAAGAACAACAAUUGCUUGCUUGUUAGGCCCAUUUAUCAGGCCCAGGAACGCGUCCAUUCAAGAAGACUCAAAAUUUCGAAAACGGCGAUCAGUCAGUGGUAGCAUCGCAGCCGCGUCGACCUGCCGUACGGUCGACUUCGCACCUCUAGUAGUAGUAUAGAACAUCAUGUCACGUUGUAUAAUUUUAUUGCUCACAGUGAUUUGCGGCUUCACCCGGGCUGCGAAUAUUCUGUACAUAGACGGAGUGGCAUCUCCUAGUCAUUUUAUUUGGCACAAAGCUUUAAUAAAUGGACUAGCUGCUAAAGGGCACAAUGUGACAGCGUUGAGCGUGGAUAUUGAAGAAAGUCCACCGUCGAAUGUGUCGUAUAUUAAAGUGGAAGGCGUCUAUGAAAGUUUAUUUGAAGAAGAUGGAUUGGAAAGUGAUUUCUUUGAAAUUGGUCAAAUGAAUGCAUUUUCCGUGCUGGCCAUGUUCAACGAAUACAUGAUAGUAGGAUGCCAAACGACGCUUAAAUCUAAAGGCCUGCAACAAUUGUUGGAAUAUCCGAAGGAGUUCAAAUUCGAUCUGAUCAUUAGUGACUACCUGAAUGGACCAUGUCUGUCUGCCGUUGCGCAACAUAGAUUUGGAAGACCUCCAUUUAUUGCAGCAACUGCGUUCCAUGGAUUGACGACUACUACGACAAUGUCCGGUGCAUAUUCGUACUCAGGAUCUGUUCCUAAUCAUGAAUUCAAUACUCCCCAGAAUAUGGGCUACUAUCAACGAUUCAUGAACUUUUUAUAUAAUCAUUGGGAAGAACUUUUGAGAGUAUACGACAUGUACCCAAAAGUAGACAAAAUAGUGCGUAAAGUAUCUCCAGACAUCCCGUUCGUUGGAGAUCUUGAUAAAGAUACCCGCAUUAUUCUGUUGAACUCCAACCCAGUAAUACAGUACUCGGAAGCAACGAUGCCAAAUGUAAUCUCCGUAGGCGGAAUGCAGAUUGUUGAACCGAAAGAUCUACCCGAUGAUCUCAAGAAGAUUGUAGAGAAUGCCAAGAAGGGUGCGAUCCUAUUCUCUCUUGGUACCAACGUUCGUAGCGACAUGCUGGGUGACGAAAGAAUUAUCGAAAUUCUGAACGCUAUGAGUCAAUUCCCAGAAUACCAAUUUCUCUGGAAGUUUGAAUCCGAUGCCAUGCCAAUUGAAGUGCCCAAGAACGUGUACAUAAGGAAAUGGAUGCCUCAGAAUGAUUUGCUUGCCCACCCUAAUCUCAAACUUUUCAUCACUCAUAGCGGCCUUCUCAGUACCCAGGAAGCGGUUUACAACGGGGUGCCGAUCAUCGGCUUCCCGGUAUUUGCCGACCAACACCAGAAUAUCAAUUACUGCAUUGAACAAGGUGUUGGCAAGCGGCUGUCCAUCAAAGACGUGAAGAGCAGUGAGCUUGUCAAGGCCAUUAGGGAGCUGAUGACAGAUGAAAGCUAUCGCGAAAACAUGUCUCGCCUUUCGAAGCUCUUCCGGGAUGAGAAGGAGUCACCCUUGGAGCGUGCCAUUUGGUGGAUCGAAUGGGUUCUUCGGAAUCCAACCGCGCACAUUUUGCAAUCCAAUGCAAUCCGGUUAGAUUGGGCAGUGAAAUAUUCCUUCGACGUUAUAAUUCCAUUGCUGCUGGCAGGUCUGUUGGUGUUAUCGAUCCCCAUCAAGGUGCUGAAAUACGUGCUGUGCCGAAAAAAUCCACACGGGAAAACGAAACGUGAAUAAACGGCGAUGAGAUAUUCAAAUGUUCCUAAUAGGACUAGUGGUUGCAUUUUCUUGUUUGAUAAAAUUGUGACAAAGUCAGAAAAAUAAAGUACACAGAUCAAAAAAAGA